AUGGUGGUGGGGCAGCCAGUGUCAACAGCCCAGGGCAGUUCGCCGAGCCUCUCCACAUCUCUGCAAGAGCCUUUCCUACGCUACGAUCCGAAAGAAUGUUGGCGCAGCGCCAAUGGACCAGUGGUAGAGGAAGCACGUCCGAUGCUGAGGAACCGAUACUUCAACAUGGACCAUCUCGCCUUGUGGAAGCCGUCUCUGCUCGCGUCUCUCGGCGAAAAAUGCCAUCGCGCCGUGUAUGUGAACGAGUAUCAUGCGCUUCUGUGUAGCCGACGACUGGUUCUGGUGCAUAACAACGGCCGCUACAUUAUCUUUCCCCCCUUUUGCGACACUCUGAAUGAUGCCUACGCGGAAAGGGUGUCCGAGAAGUGCACGCUAGUGCUCGCGGCUGUCGCAUCUGGCGUCCACGUGGCCCUCGUUCGAGACUCUGACAGCCAGAAACCUGAUACCCUCCAGAGCGUCUUCUGUCCUACCGCGUCUGCAGUCGCCUGCAUUCAUCACCUCGGAACGAACCUCUAUGGCUUGUGCUGUGAGAACUGCAGCGUGGAGAGUUUGGCAGUCACGCUCAACAACAUGCACUUGCCGCACCCUGGGCUGCACGCGAAUGUGUUGCCCAACCGACAUGGCUGGGUCCAGGCGGCUUACGACUAUCUGUCCCCGAAGAGAUACGUGCACAGCCUCUUCGACCGGCACAACGGGUAUCUCCUGAUGCUGUCGAGUCGGAAUGUGUCGCUGUGGUUGUACAGCGACGCAUUUCAUUUGCAGCUCGAGUGCUCCACAGCGCUUCCCAGGGAGGCGGUUCUAGCGAUUGUGCCCCUGCUGCAGGAUGAGUAUGGGGAGACGGAGGUGGCUGUUCUCAUCACCGGCAGCGGCGGGCGUGUGCCGGUGCAUUUGCGCACCACGACAGGCAGGCGCGGCAAUUCGCGGUCGCUCUCCCUGGGUGAGCUGCGCGGUCUUCCUUGUGGAGUGACGAACACAGUGGUCUCACUGGCGUGCGCUUGCGAUUCAUCGCUGCUUUUAGCGGACCAGCGCACCUCCUCUCUGCUUCUUGUGACGCACUGUGAGCCAUUUUGCGAGGCACCUUACAGUUCCAUCACGCACGUUGUCACACAGCACUUCCUGGGCAAGCCGAUCUGUGGCGUUGGCGUCGAGAAGAGCGUCCGCGACGGCGGCAGCUUUAUCACCUUUACUGUGUACUGCGGGGACUCGACAAUUGUACGACUGGGUCGCAUGCCUCGUGGUCAGCUGCUGCAGCAAUAUUUUGCGGCCACCGUAGCGGGCGGGAUAGAUGCUCUUUGCUUGCUUGAGCCGCAGGUACGGGUAGACCUUCUCCUUGACGCUGUACUUUGUGGCCUCCCGAUCUCGUAUCUAUCUCAGUUCCUCGACCCCCUUCUCCACCCGAGGGCGGCGACGGUAUGCGCGCUGCGCCUCUCAGAUGGCGCGCGUGGCAUAAUCCGGCACACAAUGCGGGGCUUGCGAGAGUUGUCGCGUUCGUGCUUGUCGUUUCACUACUGGAGACUGAAGGAGGAGCUGGCGCAGUCGAGGUCGAGAGUGGAGAAAAGUUACACCAUUCUCACCGAGGUGCUGAACCGUGGUGGCUGGCUGGACUGCCCUACACGGCAACAACUGGCGUGGGACGGAGACCUUCUGGUGCGCAUAGACGGCACGCUCACAGACACGAGCGCUGUGGAUGCCCAGGCAAAGGUUCUGCAGCAGCUGCUAUCCUCGGUGAGGCACGCUACGACAAUCGCGUGGCUUUACGGCUUGCUGUUAGAGACCGGUGCCACCUAUCGAUUUUCCGACCGACUGGAGGACUUACUGUGGAAGAGCGACCCGGUAGGGGUGCAAGUAUCGCUGUGCAUGAAUCUACUGGAAAGGCGCAACAAGGGCAUCACGGACAAGCUCUUGCAGAAGGAGUACGUGCUGCCGCAGCGCUGCCGCCUCGCUGUGACCCUCUUGUCACUGGUGCUGGACAAGUCACUUGAACCUGUCAUGGCAUACACGCGACGGCAUAUCCUCGACCUCGUGGAGUAUGAUCUUCUCUCGUACACGACGGACCUCCUCGAGUCAAGUUUCCCCACCUCGCAGCCUCGUAUCCGCCUUCUGGUCUACCGCUAUCCGCACAAUCAAAGUGUCUCAUCCGAUAUCUUGUCUAUGGUCGAGGCCAUUUCGUCAACCAGCGAGCUCUACAACACACUGGUGACAAUUCUCGGCGACGCGGCGUGCGACGGCGAGCUCACCGCCGUCCUGCUUGACUGGAUGGAGCGUCACACUCUCGCCGACCAUCGGAUUUUGACGUUCGCGAAGGUUGUCGCGGACAUGCGACUCUGCGUCGACCCGGCGCACACCUUGACGGGGCGCUUCUUUUCAUCGGUCAAGCAACAGGCGAACGGAAACGCACAGCAGGCGGCGCUGCGGUUUGCUGAGCUGGCACGCAGCGAUCUCUCUGUACCCCUUGACGGACGGCUGCUUGCUAUAGAGCACGCCAUCUCUGCAGCGCCGUCAGAUGGCGAUCGACUGACUCAGUUUCUGUUGCUGCUGCAGCAGCAGCUGGCCAAGCUAAUCGCCGAGCACCUUACCGUCGGCAAGAACCUCGUCUCUGCGCGCGGCACCGUGGAGGCGGAUCUGCAGGCGUUGCAGGAGCACUAUGUCACUGAGAACUUUCUCUUCGAACUGGCUGGACGCUACAAAGAGCUGGGCGGGUGCAUCAUCCAGCUCGACCUGUUGAAGAUUCACUCAGACUCGGCUGAGCUGCUGAUCGCUAAUGCGCUGACUGGUGUGCUGACGUUCCUCAGGGCUGUGGGGCUGUCUGCGCCACAGGCGGUGCAACGCGUUCUGCGGGAGUACCUCGGCACCUUUCAGACCUCACUUCCUCUCUUUCCGUUUGUGGAGUUUCUUGCCUUUGAUGGUCAAUCACCUGCCCGUGCCAUUGACGAGCUUGAGAAGGUUGGCGUGCCGCUGCUCACCAUCUUUGACACCUUCAUGAGCCUGCUGGACGGGCACCGCAAUCCACUUUUUCAAAUUGGUGACACGGUGCUGGCGCUGGGGCAGCUAGUGCCCAAGAUCAGCCCUAAUGUUCAGCACAUCUGCGCAGCGCACUUGCUAGAGUGCAGCCGGAGCAUGCUGGCCGGAGAGCAGCGCGCCGCUGUGUUGUCAGAGAAGGAUGUGCACACCAUCAAGUACAUCGGGGAUGACAUGCGGAAGCUAUCGCAACGGAGCCAGGCAGCAUUCUGA